UUAGUACUUUUAAAAAUGUCCCCCUGCACAUGCAUGUACAGCGUGCCAGUAUGCCAGUUCGAUGUGCUGUGUUACACAGAGAGCGGCGAGGGCGGCGGGCUGGCGAGCGCGACGUCCGCGUGGCUGUGGGCGAGCGCGGGCGGCGCGUGCGCGGUGCUGGCGCUGGCAGCCGCGCUGGCGCUCUCACUGUGCUGUCGUAGGCACAGCCCGCCACUGUCUCCGGACACCAGCACGUACCAGAAGGCAUCAGCGUCAGCGGCCAUCAAGCCACCAGACCUGUGGAUCCACCACGACCAGAUGGAGCUAAAACACAUGGAUAAAAGUCUGCACAGCUCCGCCAGUAAGAUAUCAGCUGGCAGUGUGGACGGGCCAAACGCACUGGUAUCAUCAACACUGACGCUGGGGCGCGCACCCCCCGCGGAGUACGAGCCCGCGCGCCACGCCCCGCACGCGCCCCACGCCCCGCCCCCCGCCUCCCUCGACCGCAGACACUACGUGCCCACGUAUGUAGAUGCGCGGCGGUCGCCAUCUUGCGGCGGGAGCGACGACACCGCCAUCUUGCGCGCGUCGCCCGCCUCCGCCACCAGCCGGCGCUGCGAGCGCUGCGAAUACAGAGCGAUGACGGGUGUGGGCGUGGGCGUGGGCUGCGCGUCCACGUGCGAGAGGCGGCGUCACGGCUUACCAGACCAGGUGACAUAUAUAACCAAAAACUAUUUGCUAAAGAAAUCUCUUAGUAUAGCUUUCUUGUAAUUAACGACACUAAAGGACACCAAUACUAAUGU